ACGGACUUUGUUCUCCAGCACUGAGCUCCGAGUGAUCGCUUGGCUGAAAGCUGCCCCGUUUGUGUUCCAUUUUGGGCUGCCGCUCACCCUCUGCUGCUGCAGGACGCUCCUGGCAUCACUGCAGGAUCACCCCCAGCUCUGCCAGCACUCUGGGAAUGCCAGCGCACCCUGCUGGGUUCCUGCCAGGAGGAAGCAGUUCAAGUUGAAGGCUGGUGCGCACGGCGGCAGCGGGCGCAUGUCUGCGCUCCCCAGCAGCCGGAGCAGGGAGGGUCUGGCAGGCAGCGAGCGGCCCCCCCCGGGAUGGCACAGGGCUCCGAGUGCCGGAACUCCCUCCUCUAUUACUACAGCGUCAAAUUUGCUCUGUCCACCUAUGCCACUCUCUUCUCGAUAGAGCACCAUCUUUCCCCGCAGUGGCAGUUUGAUCCCACAGUUAUUAUGCAGCAAUGGGAUAAUCAUCCUCUCGUUAGAUGAUCCUCGGCCUUGUCAUCCUGUGCAUCGGGAUUUAUGCCGAAGUGGAGAGGCAGAAGCAUAAAACCUUGGAGGGGAUGUUCCUUGCUCCAGCCAUCAUCCUGCUUCUGCUGGGCUUCACCAUGUUCAGCGUCUCCUUCGUCGGCAUGGUGGGGAGCCUCAGGGACAACAGGACACUGCUGAAGAUAUUCUUUUGGGUCCUUCUGGUGAUCUUCAUCACAGAGCUGCUGCUGAUAUUCAUUGAAAUCAUCUUUGAAAACAAGAUGAAUGCAGUUUUGCACUCUAACAUCCAAGAGGGCAUUCGGCACUAUUAUGAUGACCUUGACUUCAAGAACAUUUUGGAUUUUGUCCAAGAAAAGUUUUCUUGCUGUGGUGGAGAUGAGUACCGGGACUGGGAGGUUAACCUGUACCACUCAUGCAAUGGCAGCGGACCACUUGCAUGCGGCGUGCCCUACACGUGCUGCAUCAGGAAGGUCCCUGGAGAAGUCAUUAACACCCUGUGUGGAUACAGGACACUCGAUAAAGAGCGCCUGGAACUGCUCGACGUCAUCCACGUGCGAGGCUGCAUCCACGCUGUCGGGCUGUGGCUGAAAGAUAACUUUGAGUCCACUCUGAGCAUUGUUUGCUCCCUGCUGCUUCCCCAGGUGGCCGGCCUGGUGAUGGCGUGGCUGUAUUGGCAAAAGCUCAAUGAGAUUUACUCCCAGCUGGACACCGUGGACUUCAGGAUGCUGGAGGUGCGCGAUUUCAGCUUCGGGGCAGUGGAUCUGAGCGGUGCAGGCUGGUGCUGGUGCUUACCCAAAGAAGGAGGCUACAUUCCCGUCAAUGCCAUGGAGGAGGAAGAGGAAGAAGAGGAGGAAGGCAUGUCUGCCGCAGCCAAGAGUGAGGAGCUGGAGGACUGAGAGCAGCGGUGGAAAAGGAAGCCUCGAGCAAAACUCUCUGUGAGGCAGCUGAUGCUGAAUGUGAAAAUAUUGCCACCUAUUUUCUCAGGUUCAGGAGAUACCUUCGGGAGCAGUGCAAAGUAGCACUGGGAGGCUAUACCAAUGCAGUGCACUGUGUGGGCACAUGAGCUCCCAAGGGUCUUUUUACUACCUUGGUGACUUGAAGCAUUUGUACAUCUUUUUUUUUUUUUUUUUUUAAAUUUUUACGCAAUAAAUGUGACUUCUGUUUUCCAAAG